GCUCUGUUUACCUCUCAGCCCAGAGCUCCUCCACUGUGGCCGGCUGGAUACACACCGCCGCCCGCAGCCUCGCCCACCCCAGCCCGGCCGACACGGAUGUAAACUGUCUUGCGCUCGUUCCUCGUGGACUGUGUUCAUCGUUGUGUGUUAGCGACACCGUGCUGGAGUUGAGAUGAAUAAGGAAGUAAUGUCACGUGUGGCCAAGAAGAGACAGGCGGACCCCAAAGUGGUCCAGUACGUGUGGGCUGCCAUCGAGGUCAUCCGCAACCAGAAGCAAAUCGCCAACAUGGACCGUAUCUCCAAGUACCUGAGCCGUGUGUUCAGCAUGCACCCCAAGGAGACGGCCAGACAGCUGAGCUUGGCCGUGAAGGACGGCCUGGUGGUGGAAACACUGACUGUGGGCUGCAAGGGCUCCAAGGCUGGCAUCGAGCAGGAGGGCUACUGGCUGCCUGGUGACGAGAUGGAGCCUCAAGCAGAGGGAAGCAAGGUUGGGGAGGGGGGUCACGCAAACAUCUGCUCUGCUGUGUGUCCUCCACAGGAGUGGGAGGCGGAGAGCCACGACUGGUACUGCUUCCAGUGUCACCUGCCGGGUGACGUGCUGCCGUGCGACAACUGCUUUCGAGUGUUCCACCUCAAGUGUCUGUCGGAGGAGGGCAGGCCUCGAGACGCUGGCUCUCAUUGGCAGUGUGUGGUCUGCAGGGGGAGUAAAAAGAAGAACCUGAAUAAACAGGAGAUGUGCAAAUAUCUGCGCUUCAUCGUCCAGCGAAUGAAGGAGAGGGCCGUCGACCUGAACAAGAAGGGCAAGGACACCAAGCAUCCCAUGUAUAGACGACUGAUCCACUCUGCGCUGGAUGUCUCCAACAUCCAGGAGAAUCUAUCUGAGGGUAAAUACAAGAACUUUGAGGAGUUCAAAGCCGAUGCCCAACUGAUUGUUCACAACACGGCCAUCUUGUAUGGAGUUCACAGCGACCAGGCUGAGAUUGCACGACUGCUCUUUAGCGACACCUGUCAUGAGCUGAACGAGUUGCUGCUGUGUAAGAACUGUUUCUACCUGUCCAACGCCCGCCCUGACAACUGGUUCUGUUACCCCUGUAGUCCAAGUCAUGACCUGGUCUGGGCCAAGAUGAAGGGCUUUGGCUAUUGGCCCGCCAAAGUCCUGCAGAGAGAAGACAACCAGGUGGACGUGCGCUUCUUUGGGCACCAACACCAGAGGGCAUGGAUCCCCUCAGACAACAUCCAGGACAUCAAGGUGAGCGUGCAGCAGCUCCAGGUGAAGCGAAGCAGCGGCUGGAAGAAGGCCUGCGAGGAGCUGGAGGUCUACCAGCGCUUCCUGAAGGAGGGCCGCUUCUGGAAAACCAAGCUGGAGGACAGCGGCCAGCAGAGCCAGCGGAAGGCGUCGCAGGACGACAGCGACAGCGGGAGGACGGAGCAGCCGGAGCGGAACGACGAGGCCGAGUCCAGCAUCUCAUCCACCAGCAAUGAGCUGGUCCGACAGAUGAAAAGCAGCCAGGAGCCAAAAGCCAAGAAAAGUCGCCGAGCUCAGCAGGUGGAGCUCAAAGAAGAAGCCAGCGACCCAGAGCCUGAGAUGGAGGCGGUGAGCUCCAGUCAGGAGAUCCCCGUGUCGUCGGCGCCGCCGCAGCCCGAGAAGCUGUCGGUGUCCACGCAGACCAGGAAGACCAGCGGGGGGUCGCCUCGCACGCUGCACCGCGGCACGCAGACCGCCUCCGACGGCGCCUGCCAGAACAUGUGCCAUGAGAAGUACACCAAGGUCUUGGAGAUGAUGAAGGCCGACAACAAGAGGGAGACGGAGCGAGUGGUCCGGGAAGCUCUGGAGAAGUUGCGUGCGGAGAUGGAGGAGGAGAAGCGGCAGGCGGUGAGCAAGGCGGUUGGCGGGGCUCAGGCGGAGAUGGACAGGAAGUGCAAGCAGGUGAAGGACAAGUGCAAAGAGGAGCUGGUGGAGGAGGUCAAGAAGCUUGUGAGCCAACACAAACAACUCAUCUCGCAGACCAAGAAGAAGCAGUGGUGUUACAACUGCGAGGAGGAGGCCAUGUACCACUGCUGCUGGAACACCUCCUACUGCUCCAUCAAGUGUCAGCAGGAGCACUGGCAUGCUGACCACAAGCGCACCUGUCGCAGGAAGAGAUGAACUGACCCGCCCACCAUUGGCUGUUAGCCCCGCCCCAUCCUGUUGUCAGUCGUGUGUGCAACACUUGAACCACACUGGCCUUCCUUUGUGGCUCCCACUUUUGAAACAUGUUCAUAUUUUUUUUAUUUAA